AUGGAUCUCGCUCCGGGAGUGGCCGCUGGCUUCCUCCAGCAACUCCAGAAAGUGCAAUCGGGAGUGAUGAAACGAAAGAUGGCCGCCGGCGGUGGAUUGAUCGCUCUCGCCACAGCCGCUUAUGUUGGCUCGAACAUGAUGGCGCGCAAGCGCGGGCCGGGGCAAACACGCCCGCGAAGCGAUUCCAGCAGCGGACUGGGCAUGGUUGAUCCCGCUGCCCAGAAGCGAAAGGGGAAGACCGCCGUCAACCGGGAGUUCUUUCAACAGCUCUCACGCUUCCUCCCCAUCCUCAUUCCCGGCGUUUGGACGAGGGAAGUGGCAACGAUGCUCGGCGUGUUUGUCAUUCUGAUGUCGCGCACGUGGCUCGACUUUUGGAUGAUCGCCAACAACGCCAACAUCCUGGGCGCCGUGGUGCAGAGGGACUUCAGCCGCUUCCUCAAAUACAUCAUCCAGUUCGCCCUCAUGCAGUUCCCCACCUCGCUUGUAAAUAACCUCCUCAAACACUUCAUCGACAACCUCGCCCUCUACUUCCGCGAACGGCUCACGCUGCACCUCCACCAGCACUACAUGAAGGGCUUCACCUACUACGCCGUGUCCAACCUCGACAACCGAAUCGACAAUGCCGACCAGAUGCUCACCCAGGAUAUCGAUCGGUUUGCCAGCUCGCUGAGCACGCUCUACUCCAACAUCACCAAGCCGAUCAUCGACGUCAUCCUGUUCUACAGGAACCUCGUCCAACAGUUUGGCUGGGGCGGUCCCACGACCAUGAUUCUCUACUUCGUGUUGGCCGGAGCCGUCAUGACUAAGCUGCGCGCACCAUUCGCCUGGUAUGCCUCGACGCAGGCCAAGCUGGAGGGCGAGUUCCGCUACUGCCACUCGCGGCUCAUCACUAACGGCGAGGAGAUCGCCUUCUACAACGGCGGCGAGCGCGAGAAGGGUAUCAUCGAUUCGGCCUUCCACCGAUUGGUGCGCAUCGUUUCGCGUUACCUCCGCUUCCGGACGGUGUUGGGCGUCAUCGACUCCUGCGUGACCAAGUACAGCGGGACCCUCGUGGGCUACUUCAUUGUCACCGCGCCCAUCUUCGAUCCCCGACGCGCCAGCCGCUAUGUGGAGUCGCUCGGUGGCAAUCCCAAGCAGAUCAUGGAGGACUACACACGCUACAUGCGACUACUGAUGGUGAUGGUGCGCGCGGUCGGGCGACUGGUGUCCAGCGGGCGGGAGCUGUCCCACUUGGCGGGCUACACUUCGCGCGUGGCCGAGCUCUACAACGUGCUCGGGGACAUCAACAGCGGCACCUUCGUUCGGACUCAAACGGUGCGUGAGCCGCAGGAGGGCGAGGAGAGGACCGUGGACCACAUCGACCCGAUCACUUCGCGCGGCGAGCUCGUCGAGAUCGGACCCAGCGACACACCCAUCAUCCGCUUCGAGCAUGUGCCGAUCGUGACACCCAACGGUGACGUCCUCUUGCGGGAGCUCAACUUUGAGAUCAAGGCCGGCAUGAACUGCCUGAUCGCCGGACCCAACGGCUGCGGCAAAAGUUCUCUGUUCCGUACGCUGGGCGACCUGUGGCCUCUCUGUGGCGGCCGGCUCACGCGACCCAACAAGAAGCACCUCUUCUACAUCCCUCAGCGGCCCUACCUCGCUAUCGGCACCCUGCGGGACCAGGUGGUCUAUCCGCACACCAAGAAGGACCUGGACAGGCUGGGCGUCAAGGACUCGGAGCUCCUGCAGCUGAUGGACAAGGUGGCGCUGUCCUACCUGGUGAAGCGCUUCGGUGGCUGGGACGCGCGUGCAGAUUGGUGGGACGUCCUGUCGGGCGGAGAGAAGCAGCGUAUCGCCAUGGCCCGCCUCUUCUACCACAGGCCUCUCUUCGCCGUUCUCGACGAGUGCACCAGUGCGGUGAGCGUCGACAUAGAAGCGGCGAUGUACGAGUACUGCAAGGAGAUCGGCUGCACGCUCUUCACCAUCUCGCAUCGCAAGACGCUCUGGCGCUUCCACGAGUACGUCCUCCGCUUCGACGGCAAGGGCGGCUACGAGUUCUUCCACCUCGACUCCAGCUACGAGGGACUCUGA